CUGGCGGGGAGCUGAGAGGAGCCGCUGCUGCCGAGGUGCCCAGGCCCCGUAAGAACCAUGCUGGCGGCAGCCUGCGGGGCGGUGCGCCUGCUCCCCAGAGUCCGGGGCGGAGCGGGGAGCUCCCUGCUCAGUUCUCAGCUGUCCUGGGCCAUUCAUUUUCGGGGAAACCAUUGGCAGACUUCUCUGCUGGCAUUUCAGGCGUCCCUCCCCAUGCGAGCAGAACCGAGGAAGAAAAAGAAGGUAGAUCCAAAGAGAGAACAAGCACAAAAGGACCGUAUGAAGAAAAAGAUAAAAAAGAUGGAAAAAGCUGCCCAGGAAAUGAUUCCCAUUGAGGAUUUUGUAACACCAUUCAAGUUUUUGGAUGCUUCAAGAGUACGAGAGAUCUCCCCACUGUCCUUUGAGGAGAGUGAAAGGCGAGCCCUGCUCCUGAAGAAGUGGGCCCCGUACAAGCAGAAAGAACAUGAGGCAGAGAUGGAAACAUUGAAGUCUCUUAUGGCAGCUCAGCAGGAGGCACUAGAGGAAUUGCGUCUUGAAUCAGAAGAACUUUACCAAGCAGCAAUAAGACGAGAUGAGGACCUGUUUCCCUUUGAGAAAGAGGGGCCUAGUUACACACCACAGGUUCCUGGCUAUGAGGCUCCUGAAGGGAAAUGCAUCGACAUUACCAAAGUGUACGAACAGUGAGAUCGGAAGACUCUGCCACGCAGGUGGCAGGAGAUACUCAGUGCAUUAAAGGAGGAUACAAUGGGAUGCAACUAGACUAUUUCUUUUGCUUUUUCAAACAUCCCUAUGCACAUGGCUGUCAAAAGAAAAUAAAAACACCACCUG